AUGGCCGACUCUGCCGGGUGGGAUGAGGAACGGCAGCAUUUUCAGGAGGUGUUGCAGGCAUGGAACGACUACAUGUCGUACUCGAUGCAACGAAACAAUGAGCGCCGCAAAGCCCUGUAUUCUUUACCUCGGGCCCAUCAGGAUCGUCUACUGGGCCUUCGUGCCGAUGUGCCUGGACCAGCAGGCUCAGGUACAUCGUUUCAUGGCUUCAAAGCGAAGUUGCAGGAAGUCGACGACCGAAUUCGACGCAAUGCGGAUGUGCUCGAGGCCAUGAGUGAGUUUUGCCGUACCUUCCUGGGCAUCCUAGAAGACAACGAGGCGCCUCUUUCGACGCAGGACCGUAUCAAAGUGUCGGAAACCAAUCAGGAUCGUGUUCGUACAGCGAUGAAGCAAAUGGCGCGUGACUGGAGUCAAGAAGGCGAAAUGGAGCGUCUGCUAGCGUAUGAACCCAUUCUCGAUGCGCUCGUGGCGCGACUGCCCAACGACCGACGUGCCCAACGGGUCCUUGUCCCAGGCGCGGGUCUAGGCCGACUUGCGUUUGAUAUCGCACGUCUUGGCUACACAACGCAAGGCAACGAGUUUAGCUAUUUUAUGUUGAUUCCAGCGCACUUCAUCCUUAACGCCACGACGCAUGUACACCAGCACACGCUGUAUCCCUACAUUCACGGCGCAAGCAACUGGGUGCAUGCGGCGGAUAUGCUUCGGGCCGUGGCCGUACCAGACACGCUCCCUUCUGCGCUGCCAGCCGACUCGGACUUCAGUAUGGUCGCUGGCGAGUUCGUCGAAGUGUAUGCUAAGCCGGAAGAGCGUGGCACAUGGAAUGCCGUGGCGACCUGUUAUUUCAUGGACACGGCGAAGAAUGUGAUCCGUUACUUGGAAGUGAUCAAUGCUCUGCUCCCUAGGGGCGGCUACUGGAUCAAUGUAGGACCGUUGCUUUGGCAUUUCGAGCAUGAAGACGUGCCUACCGUGGAGCUAACGCUCGAUGAGAUCUUGGAGCUGGUCGUCCAAUGUGGCUUUGUCAUUGAGGAGACACGGAUGCUGGAGCCACAAAUGUACACAGGCAUGCCGAACCACAUGCUACUGCACCACUAUACCCCGGCCUUCUGGGUCUGCAGGAAAGAUCGCGAUAUAGACAUGGCGCCAGUUGUAUAA